AUGGAGACUGAUGCUGACUCAAGUGAUAGUUCUCUCAUUCUGCUCAAGCAAGGAGCUGAAGCUAGGGUUUUUGAGUCUUCUUUUGUGGGAAGGAAAUCCAUUGUCAAGGAACGCUUCUCAAAGAAGUACAGGCACCCAACUUUGGAUUCAAAAUUGACCCUCAAGCGCUUAAAUGCGGAGGCUAGGUCCAUGACCAAAGCAAGGCGACUUGGGGUUUGUACUCCUGUGCUGUAUGCAGUGGAUCAUGUGUUGCACACUUUAACAUUUGAAUAUGUUGCUGGCCCUUCUGUCAAAGAUGUGUUUCUUGAAUUUGGGUCACAUGGGAUUGAUAAAGAGUGGCUGGACAAUAUUGCAUCCCAAAUUGGUGAUGCAAUUGGGAAGUUACAUGACGGUGGUCUUGUACAUGGUGAUUUAACAACAUCAAACAUGUUAUUGAAGAGUGAUACCAAGCAGUUGGUUCUUAUUGAUUUUGGUCUUAGCUUCACUUCAACUCUACCAGAAGAUAAAGCUGUUGAUUUGUAUGUUCUGGAAAGAUCUCUUAUCUCAAUGCAUUCGUCUUGUGGGGAUGUGAUGGAUCAAAUUCUUGCUGCAUACAGGAAGUCAUCAAAACAGUGGUCAUCCACAUUGAACAAGCUAGCACAAGUGCGACAAAGAGGAAGGAAGAGGACCAUGGUUGGAUGA